AUGAAUAAAUUCAUCAUUGCUUCAUGCAUCAUUGCUUUAGCUCUUGGAUGGACUGCUAGCCCAUCAGAUCAUUGCUCUUGCAGUGAUUACUAUUUAUCAACAGAAUGCUCUUCAUUAUUUGGAUGUUCAUGGAAUGCAGGAACAACAUCUACUUGUCAAAAAGCUAAUUGCACAGCCUAAUAAGGAGCCGCUUGUUUGACCUUCCCAACUGCAUGCUAUUUAAAUACAACUGCAGGUAACAAUACUUGUCUCGCAUUUUCAUCAUGCAGCAGUCUAAAAGGAGCCACUGAUGCUGAUUGCUAAGCUCAAAAUGCUUUAUGCGGAUAAACAUCAACCACUGGAACAAAUUGUGUUGAUUUCAAAUGCUCAUCAUAUUCAGGAACUACCUGUCCAACAGCAAGAGGAUGUUACCUAAAUGGAGCCACAUGUUCCAAUACUCCAACAUGCUCAACUGGAACAGCUGCAAACUGCACUACACCUUAUUGUGCUAUGAACGGAACAACCUGCCAAUAAGCAGUAUGUGGAAGUUACACAACUGAAUUGUCCUGCAGCUUUGUCUAUUUGUCAGGAACAUCAGUUCAACCAUGCUCUUGGAAUGCCACAGGAUCAGCUUGCAUUAAUGCCCCAGGAACCGGAAAUUUAACAUCAACUACAUGCUUCACCAAUACCUUAGGUGCUUAUCAUUGGUCAUCAGCAUCUACAACUGAUGGAUCAUGCAAGUCUUGCUAUGGAGUCCUUUUAUAAAUUGUGUUUGCCAUCCUUUUAUUGUUGGCUUGAGAUUGAGAAGAUAUUCAUAUUUUACACAUAAUCAUAUUCAUAAUAUGUAAAGAUUUGGUCUA